GAGUGGGGGAAGCAAGCGUGGAAAGGGAUGCACCAAAACAGCCCCGUUAACUUGAGAAAGGAACUGUGCUGCUCUGGUUGCUGCAGAGUAAGGGAAUGUAUUUAGUUAACACAAACAUGGCUGCUGCCGCUGCUGCCUUCAGAGCUGCAAAUCGUGUCUUGCACCCAUUUGCAAAAAACAAUUGCUGCAGUCGAGUGAGAGUCCAGCUGCAAUGGAGAUACCAGUCAACAGCAGCAGCAGUUAUACAAGCAAAACCAACAAAGCCUCAGAUUCAACCUGAAAAGAGGAAACCUAAAACAGGGAUCUUGAUGUUAAACAUGGGAGGUCCAGAGAACCUGGGAGAUGUUCAUGAUUUCCUUCUUAGACUUUUCCUGGAUAGAGACCUAAUGACGCUUCCGGUCCAAAAUAAGCUAGCCCCUUUCAUUGCGAAGCGGCGCACUCCGAAAAUCCAGGAGCAAUAUAGUCGGAUUGGUGGAGGAUCGCCAAUUAAGAAAUGGACUGCUGCUCAGGGAGAAGGCAUGGUGAAGUUGCUGGAUGAAAUGUCUCCUCACUCCGGCCCUCACAAGUACUACAUUGGUUUCCGCUACGUCCAUCCCCUGACAGAAGAAGCCAUUGAAGAGAUGGAGGAGGAUGGUGUCGAAAGGGCUAUCGCUUUCACACAGUAUCCACAGUACAGCUGCUCCACCACAGGGAGCAGUUUAAAUGCUAUUUAUCGCUACUAUAACACAAAGGGGGAGAAGCCAAAGAUGAAGUGGAGCACCAUUGACAGGUGGCCUACACACCCACUUCUCAUUCAGUGCUUUGCAGACCACAUACAGAAGGAACUAGAACUAUUUCCGCCUGAUAAGAGAAAAGAUGUCGUAAUACUUUUCUCUGCUCACUCUCUGCCAAUGUCUGUAGUUAAUCGUGGCGAUCCAUAUCCACAAGAGGUCGGAGCUACUGUUCAGAGGGUAAUGGAGAAAGUCAACUAUUCCAAUCCAUAUCGGCUUGUAUGGCAGUCCAAGGUCGGCCCUAUGGCCUGGUUGGGUCCGCAGACGGACGAGACUAUCAAAGGGCUGUGCCAAAGAGGAAAGAAAAACAUUUUGUUGGUUCCAAUUGCGUUUACCAGUGACCACAUUGAAACGCUCUAUGAACUGGACAUUGAAUAUGCGCAGGUCUUGGCCCAUGAGUGUGGGGUCGAAAACAUCAGAAGAGCAGAAUCCCUGAAUGACAAUCCGUUGUUUGCCAAGGCUUUGGCAGACUUAGUCCACUCGCAUCUCCAGUCGAAUGAGAUCUGCUCUAAGCAGUUAACCCUCAGUUGUCCUCUGUGUGUGAAUCCCACCUGCCGAAAGACAAAAUCUUUCUUUACUAGUCAAGAGCUGUGAGAGGGCACCAUUGCAGAGGGAGAGCCUCCGUUCAUUCACCGGAGUGACUUUGAGGGAUUCUGCAAAGUGGGCUUAUUAACUCGGCUUUCGUUUGCCCCUAGUGGGCCCGCUUCGCCUACGUUUUGCCUCCUGUGUGAAGCGAGUCCUGAGCGGGCUUUGCACUAUGAUGAAAGAGGGAUGAAUUUGGAACCGUUUUUCCUUUCUUUUUUUCUAUUGAGGGAUUUUGAUUUGGAAGGGACGUAAAAUUUUUAGGGCUUCAUUCUUUGGGUUGCUGAGAAUACUUGUCUUCCUAUAAAACUGAUAGGCAUUCAGGGGGUUCUUAGCACUCCAGAACAUCAAGCCAGUCACCAGGAGCUGAAAAAAAAUUAGCAAAACAGCCAACGCAGAUUGGUCACUGUGAGCUGCAUACGCCAGCAGAAGUUUUAUCAGCUUCACUGAUUUAACAGUGAUGUUGAAUAAGUGGCGGGCGAAUUUCGGCUUGUAGGAAUCGAGUCCGUCCUCCAGAGUGGCUUGACACAGUUGUAGAAGGACUACUCCAAAGAUUUUGGUCUGAGGGUUGCAACACUGAUGUCUUUGCAGAGAGCUCUUCAUAUGCACUUGUCAUAAAAAUACUCAUGUCAGUCCUUCCAAGCAGGAUACUACUACUUUUGUGAGAUUAAAAAAACAAAACGCGGCAGGAACUCCGUAGCUAACACAUUGACCAGCCUGUUGCUCUUGCUGAUUUCUUUUUCAAAUGGGUUUUGAUGAUCAACUGACAUCUAAUAUAUUUUUUAAAAAUAGCAUGUCUAUAUUUUUUUAACAUUCAAGAUUUCUUUUCUGUGGGCUUCUGCUCCCGCUCCCCAAAUGCAGAAUUGAUUCUGCACUAGUGUAGCAGGAUCCUACUCCUUGGACGACGGAGUUAUCCAAACGACGUUUACAUAGUUUUCGUUUGUUUUCUUUUUGGAGAUUUUUGAUCUUGUAUGAUUUCAUAUGUUUGUAUGAAGCUCGUGCGUUGUUUUUCGUCCUGGGAAAGCGUAGUGUGAAAAGAGAUUACUGCGUCUUCUGGUUUGGGGGCGAAGCUGUUUUGGAAGGACAUCGACAGCCUGCAUAUUUGCGGGGUCAGCUAGCAGAAUUUUGAUGUGCCUCGGCAAUCUGAAUGAGGCCUGUGGAAAUGCUUCAGCCGUGCAAAAUGCUUGUCCCUGAUACUAUCAGUGGAAACUAGUUUCAGUUGACGAGGCCUUCUGUAAGAAAGCUCUAUGGGUGACUGUUUCGUAUGAAACCGUUACACGUGCAUAUGUUGCAGUACCUAAGAAUUAACUGGUGAGUGUACAUAACACUGAUGAUUGUGCGUCACACUUAAAGAUGUGGGGAAUACUAGGGCUGUGCACCCACCCCCCGAUCCGCAUCAGAGGCUGGCUCAGAGCCCCCAAAGCAGCCCCAGUUUGGCUUGGGGGUGCUUCGGGGGUUGCCCGACCCGCCUCGGUGCCAAAGCCAAGGCGAGAUUCGGGCCCUCCGAGGUGACUCAGACUUUUCUGGGUGCCGGCUGUGCAACCGGCACCCAGAAAAAGCUCCCUUUCCCCACUUACCUGCUGACCGCCACCGUCCUUGUGUCUGGCAGCUUCUGCUGCCACCGAUGCAUAUGACCGGAAGUAGGCCGCAGCGGCCUACUUCUGGUCAUAUGCGUCGGUGGCAGACGCAAGGGCGGCGGCAGAUGGCAGUGCCGGCAGAGGCAGCAGGUAAGGGACCGCCGAGGGCCGCUCCGAGGUGGCAAGGCAGCCCAAGGCGCUGCACAGCCCUAGGGAAUAUGUGUAACUGAAUAGCAUCAGUGGGGAAUGCUGUGCAUUGCCUGGUCAAUAACAAUAAUGGAGAAUGUGCACAUUGACCGGUUCAUGGUGGACACAACUUGGGUGAACAGCGUCUAUUUGUGCAGUUCCAGCAUUACAUACGGACUAUGCAUGUGGUCUGUUUAUUGUCAACCUGUACACAUUCUCCAUGAUUAUUUUUCUGACCAUUGGUGUUCAUGCAAAUACACUAUUAAACAUGCACCGAUCACAGACAGCGUGUGUAUGUACCUCAUCGGAAUGGGUGUUUCAUCCUUGCAACUGGAGCUCUCCAGAAAUUCAGGCUUUCCUUACGAGACAGCCUGAAGUUUGGCUAAUUCCACUUCAUUUACAAGCAAGUUGUCACGUAACAUGCAAGCUGUCAAAUUUGGUAAAUGUUGGCAUUUUAUUGGUAACUCAAGAUUUUAGGAGGGGAAUUGUUUUGAGGGCUUAUUUCUGGCAGUUUACACGUGGAUCAUAGUAAAUGGCCUGUUCCAGGGAAUGAUGGAAACAAGGAGAGCAUUUGGAAAAUUACUAGCUAAUGCUGAGAUUUGCUGGUAAAUAUCAACAUUUUCUGUAAUUCUUUCAGGGCCUCGUCUUAAGAUUCUAAGAAAUUACUAGUAUGUAAUAUUCAUCAGACCUUUGAUACUUACCCGUAACAUGCAUAGUUUGUACACCAAUGGGGAUUGUCCCAUUAAUGUAAAAGAUUGUCGGAAUUGUCAGUUCCACACAAUACUGGUGCUUCUGUGUGAGGAUUCUCUUCUAUGUAACCAGGUUCCUGUUCUUCACGGAGGUCUUCCUUCUCUGAACAAGUGAGACUAUGAGGCUGUUCUUCAGAGCUGCUUUAUAGAUCUGCUUAUCGUUUUCCAGCUGUCAAAGCCACUGUGGUUUUUGUGGGAUUUCUAUGGAUGCAAAUUGAUCUGGAUUUAAUUCAUGUUGUCAAUUAAACCCCAAAUGAUCUAUUAGAAUGUUGUUUUUUAAAAAAAUCACCAAACUCGUGGUGAAAGCACGAGACACAGUUGGCAGCAAGCUUGUACCUCUUUGUCAUUGGCAAGCAGAAGAUUAUAAAUUUCCUUAACUCAUAAAUAAAAUGUUGGGCUCUG